AUGGACACCGGUCCGAGCUCGAUUCAGUCGACUGCGUCCAUGAAGACAAGAGAGAUACCAUCUUAUGCUGCCAAUCAUAUUAUCCGCAAUUCUACAUUGGCAGGUGCAGUCUCUAGUCUUACCUCCCGGUCGAGUGGCGGUGGUAAUUCCGUGCGGCAACAAGGCAGCUCUGUUGUCCGACCAGCACAGCUCUCCCAGCAGGUAUUUGCUGGUGAAUCCUCGGAGUACUUGUCCCUAGAUGCGGUCAAUUCCAUGACGAAAACUUUACAUGGCCCAGGCCGAGAUGCUAGGAGUCGCAGGAGCCAGAGCAGAGAACGCAGAGUCGACAAGCGGACUCAGAAACCCCCACCAUCGGCCUGCCUAACAAAGUCGCUGUCAGAACUUGCAACAGAAGUUGGCGAUCAAGGUCGUGACGCUGUCGAGAUAUUCGCGAGACGCUCGGCUGAGGAUCGACGGAAGGAGUACAAGGAAGCUGAGAAAAAGCUCAUGGAAGCUCCGAAUAAGCCCAAGGCAGCUCCGAAGAUAAAGCGGCCGCUUAAUGCGUUUAUGCUCUAUCGAAAAGCCUACCAGGAGGUUGCCAAACUUCAGUGCAGUCGGACCAAUCAUCAACAAAUCUCAACCAUUUGCGGAAAUUCUUGGAAUAGCCUUGAGACCGAGAAACUGAAAAAUGAGUUUCAGCGGCUGGCUUCAACCGAGAAGCAGAACCACGAAGAGGCCUUUCCAACCUACAAGUACGACCCAGUGCAGACAAGGAAGCCAAACCAUGGUGUCAUGGAUAAUCCCCAAGCUCGCGAUUUGAGUGAUGGCGGGUCGAGCUGUCCGCCCAGACGAAGUGACAGACGGCGGAGUGCUCGAGGCUCGUCUCGGGCGAGGCAGCCGUUUCCCUCGGAGAUGCCUGAUCAGUAUCAAUCUGUGCAUGGACUACACUCUCAGCCCUCUGGCAGCGCCUGGGAACAACAUCAGGCCCCUCCGUUCCCUGCAUGGUAUAAUUCGCCGCGUGGUGCUGGGCAAAAUCCUGCUGCUCCGGCUGUUGAUACCUCGUACGCCUGCACCUCGUCGAGCCUGCAUUUUCAGCCUUAUUCGGCUUUCGUCGACCCAUGUCUGGACCCUUCUCUGCGAGUGGAUGUUCCGGGCUCACAAUAUGGGCAGUUCCUCGGUACCAACCAAAACAUGCUGCCUGGCUGGAUGAAUGUCGGCGGUCCUCAGAACACCUCAACGACAUUGGUGGCUGACUUGGAUAUUGCGGGUGCACAUGCGGCUUAUCUGCAGGGUGCAGAGGGAGACUGGCAGGUCGAGCAACUCGAGGACGGGAGUCACUUCACCGAUUGGAUGGCGCAUGCUGGAAAUGGCGAGCAUCAGUAG